AUGUUUGACAUGACGAUGGAGAACUCGCUCGAUCCUCAACAAGAUCCAACGACGGAGCAGCCGCAGACACAGAAUCCUCCCUCCUCUCUCCCACCGUAUCCUCAGAUGAUAAUGGAAGCGAUCGAAGAAUCUAACGACGGAUGCAACAAAACGGCGAUCGCGAAGCACAUCGAGUCGACUCAGCACGAUUUACCUCCGUCUCACGCGACGCUUCUCAACUACCAUCUCAACCAGAUGAAACAAUCCGGCCAGAUCGUGAUCGUGAAGAACAAUUACAUGAAACCAGAUCCGAAUGCUCCGCCUAAGCGUGGCCGCGGCCGUCCUCCGAAAGCCAAACCUCUUGUCGAUUCGAGCCAGGUGGCGAUCCCAGCUCCUUCUGUUUCUCCGCCGAGGCCUCGAGGUCGUCCUCCCAAAUCGAAGGAAUCUCCGUCAGAGGCUCCUCCGUCGUCGUCGAUUCAGGCGAAACCGAAGGAGCCGAGUGUUUCCGGAAGACCACGAGGACGUCCACCGAAGAAGCAGAAGACGGAUUCGGAAACGGUCAAAGCCGAUGCAGCACCCACGGUGCAGCCUAACGGUGAGCGUCGUGGUCGUGGAAGGCCACCAAAGGUGAAACCAGCGAUGGUGCCUGUUGGUUGUUGA